AUGUUUUCUGUUAGAUCCGCUUUAUUAAAAUCGUCUACUUCACAAUUAGGUAGACUACAACUACGUUAUUUUUCACAUUUACCAUUAAAUGUACCAAUUAAAUUACCAAAUGGUUUAGAAUAUGAACAACCAACAGGUCUUUUCAUUAAUAAUAAAUUUGUUCCUUCAAAACAACAUAAAACUUUUGAAGUUAUUAAUCCUUCAACAGAAGAAGAAAUUUGCCAUGUUUAUGAAGGUAGAGAAGAUGAUGUUGAAUCUGCAGUUGUUGCCGCCGACACAGCAUUUAAUAAUAAUUCAUGGUCAACAAUCGAUCCAUUAGAUAGAGGGAAAGCUUUAUGGAGAUUAGCCGACUUUAUUGAAAAAGAUAAAGAAAUUAUUGCAUCAAUUGAAUCAUUAGAUAAUGGUAAAGCUAUUAUGAAUGCAAGAAUUGAUGUUCAAUUAGUUAUUAAUUAUUUAAAAGCUUCUGCAGGUUAUGCUGAUAAACUAGAUGGUAGAUUAAUUAAUACAGGUGAAACACAUUUUAAUUAUACUAAGAGAGAACCAUUAGGUGUUUGUGGUCAAAUCAUUCCAUGGAAUUUCCCAUUAUUAAUGUGGGCUUGGAAAAUUGCCCCUGCUAUCAUUACAGGUAACACAGUAAUUUUAAAGACAGCAGAAUCAACUCCUUUAUCUGCUUUAUAUGUUUCACAAUAUAUUCCACAAGCUGGUAUUCCACCUGGUGUUAUUAACAUUGUUUCAGGUUUUGGUAAGAUUGUUGGUGAGGCUUUAACUCAACAUCCAAAAAUUAAAAAAAUUGCUUUUACUGGUUCAACUGCUACUGGUAAACAUAUUUAUCAAGGUGCCGCAGCAGGUUUGAAAAAAGUUACUUUAGAACUUGGUGGUAAAUCUCCAAAUAUUGUCUUUGCUGAUGCUGAUAUUAAAAAUGCCGUUCAAAAUAUUAUUACAGGUAUUUAUUUCAAUUCUGGUGAAGUUUGUUGUGCAGGUUCAAGAGCUUAUGUUGAAGAAUCAAUUUAUGAUGAAUUUGUUCAAGAAUUAAAGACUGCAGCAGAAAAUGUUAAAGUUGGUAAUCCAUUUGAUGAAACAACCUUCCAAGGUGCUCAAACUUCUCAAAUGCAAUUAGAAAAAAUUUUAAGUUAUGUUGAUAUUGGUAAAAAAGAAGGUGCUACUUUAUUAACAGGUGGUGAAAGAGUUGGUAAUAAAGGUUAUUUCAUUAAACCAACUAUUUUUGGUGAUGUUAAAGAAGAUAUGAGAAUUGUUAAAGAAGAAAUUUUUGGUCCUGUUAUUACUAUUACUAAAUUUAAAACUUUAGACGAAGUUGUUAAAAUGGCAAAUGAUUCUGAAUAUGGUUUAGCUGCAGGUAUUCAUACUAAAAAUAUCAAUAGUGCCAUUAAAGUUGCUGACAGAGUUAAAGCAGGUACUGUCUGGGUUAAUACAUACAAUGAUUUCCAUCAUUCUGUUCCAUUCGGUGGUUUCAAUGCUUCUGGUUUAGGUAGAGAAAUGGGUUCUGAAGCUAUUGAUAACUAUACUCAAACAAAGGCUGUUCGUGUUAAGUUGGAUUGA